AGAGGAAGCAGAUCUUUUUCAACUGAGGGGAAACUUCAAACUCUGUAAAAAAAAUUCAAUAUUAUUCACCAGAAGACAAAACCCACAGAAGGAGAAGAGAUUUGGGAUUACUUCACCUCGUUUACCGUCAGUCACAGAUAAAAUGUCGUCUGGAAUCCAAGAAGAGCUGUCCUGCCCCGUUUGUCGAGACAUAUUCAGAGACCCUGUUGUUCUGUCGUGCAGCCACAGCUUUUGUAGAAACUGCCUGAAAAGAUGGUGGAGAAAGAAAGAAAUACGCCAGUGUCCUGUUUGUAAGAGUGCAUCUAAAAAGAAAAACCCACCCUGUAACUUGGUGUUAAAGAACCUGUGUGAGAACUUCUUGCUGGAGACAAAUCAGAGUGCUUCAGCAGAGUCCGAGUCGCUCUGCGGUCUGCACUCGGAGAAACUCAAACUCUUCUGUCUGGACCAUCAGGAGCCAGCGUGUCUCAUCUGCAGAGACUCAAAAACUCACAGCAACCACAGAUUCAGACCCAUCGAUGAGGCUGCGCAGGAUCACAGAAAGGAGCUCCAGAUCUCACUGAAACCCUUACAGGACAAACUGAAGGCCUUUGAACGAGUUAAAGGAAACUUUGUUCAAACAGCAGAACACAUUAAGGUUCAGGCCUUUCACGCAAAGAGGCAGAUCAAGGAGCAGUUUAAGAAGCUUCACCAGUUUCUGCAAGAGGAAGAGGAAGCCAGGAUCACUGCUCUGAGAGAGGAAGAGGAGGAGAAGAGUGCGAGUAUGAGUGAAAUGAUUGCAGCUCUGAGCAGAGAGAUAGCAAGUCUCUCAGAAACAAUCAGAGCCACAGAGGAGGAGCUGAGAGCACGAGACAUUGCUUUCCUGCAGAACUACAAGGCUGCAGUGAGCAGAGUCCAGCAGUGCCCCCAGCUGGAUGAUCCACAGCUGGUGUCAGGAGCUCUGAUAGAUGUGGCCAAACACCUGGGCAACCUGACCUACAACGUCUGGAACAAGAUGAAGAAAAUGGUCUCCUACUCUCCUGUGAUCCUGGAUCCAAACACAGCUGAAUCACACCUCUCCAUAUCUGAAGAUCUGACCAGUGUGAGCCUUGGAGAGAGGCAGCAGCUUCCUGACAAUCCAGAGAGGUUUGAUGGCUAUCCGAUCGUCCUGGGCUCAGAGUGUUUCGACUCAGGGACUCACAGCUGGGAUGUUGAAGUUGGAGACAGUCCAAACUGGCUAGUUGGUGUGGCUGAAGAAUCAACUAAAAGAAAGGGACAAACAGACUUUAAGUGUCGAUUGUGGGCUGUGUGGUUCAGUAAGGGUAGUUAUUUCAUACGUUCCCCACUAGAUUCGUCCUCCUUUCAUCCAAAGAAAAAGCUCCAGAGGAUCCGAGUUUGCCUGGACUGGAAAAGCGGGAUGCUGUCAUUCUCUGAUCCUGACAUCAACAUUUACACCUUCACACACACUUUCACUCAGAAACUUUUUCCAUUUGUUUACACCAAGAACGAACUGCCAUUGAAGAUAUUACCACGAGUGUCUCAUGACAGUGCAGACUCUGAUAGUGAAGGAGAUCACGAUCAAGGUGGUGAAACAGUUAAUGGCAUUCUUGAUGACGACGAUGAUGUUAUUCAUGAUGUUGAUGUUGAUGAUGAUGAUGAUGAUGACUGACACUAUAGCCA